CCAAACUUGGUCGAGUUCGCCGCGAUGGCCGCGAACGCCUGAAGGGAUGGUUUGUCAGCUGAUAAACGCGAGACAGCUGAUAAAGCUGAACACUUUUCGUGGUGUGCGUGCUGCCAUGAGGGGAAUCGUCUAGUCUUUGAUGAAUUUGCCUUAAAAACGCGCUUUAAACUGGUUAAAAAUGAAGUGUAUUACUACAUUGACGCGAGCAGACGACGCGUGCGGUUGCUGUUGCGCACUCGCCUGUAGCAGACGUAGCUUCGUCGCGUUGCUUCUUUUACUCGCGCUAACUCUAGAACUCGUCCCUGCUGCGUCAAGCGGCAGCGUCCCCAUGCGUGUCGUGAAGCAAGCCAGCGGCUUUGACGGCGGGUUUGCAGUGCACGGUCAACAGCAUCGGCAGCUGAGCCGGGCGACUCCGCGGCCCUUCUCGGGGCCCGAACACUUGAGGCCGCUGCUGGGUCGAUGUUUCAGCCGCACGGCUGCGGGGUACCGCUACACCCUGUGCCCUUUCGACAACGCCACCCAAGCUGAAGAAAGCGCCCGCUGGAACGCCUACAACGGCGUCCUCGGUGUCUGGCAAGGCUGGUCGGCUGCUAACGGGAGCCUCAGUGGCAUGCACUAUGGCAACGGCGACAGCUGCGGCACCCUGAACCGCUCUGUGGAGGUACACCUCACGUGCGGUCGUCCUCAAACAUCCCUGACAGACGUGAGUGAGCCCGAGCGUUGCCACUAUGCCAUGGUGCUGAGCACCCCCUUGGUAUGCCACCCGGAUGCACUGCUCGUUUGGCCCACUCUGUCUGACCAGCAGAGGCAGCGAUGGAGUCUGGCUGACAGCCGGCUGUACUCAGGAGAAACCACCACUAAGGGCCAUGCAGUAGAGCUGGCGCAGAUUCUGUGGGAGGCCGGUCUCGGUGUAGAGCCACCUAAGGCGGCGGCACGGCCCGCCUUCGCUGACAUGGCCGUCCAGUGUCACACGGCUUACGAGGAGCUGGCCUAGGGGCGCAUAAACGGCUGGUGCAGGACCUCGUGAAGCCGAUGAGCCUGAAGACGGAAGAAACAAGACCAUGACUCAGCGAGAACAGAGCACAUCACCACAGCUGCUGCUUGUUCUUCAAGAUCGCAGCUCACCCGGUCUCCAGUGUUUCUCGCGCAAUCGGGUCACACCUUAGCUCUGUUAUCGAGUUGGCCAACAUGGAUGAGAACUUUCUUGUGUGUGUACAGUACGAUCCACUGUUGAAGGGAACACUUAACCAGUAAUAAAUGCAGUACAGUCAAACCUCCACAUAACAGAAUUAUCAGGUAUAACAACGUAUAUUGAAACUGUUCCUUGCCAAUAUCAGCAUGUAACGAAUAUCGGAUAUAAUAAUGUUUGACUGCAUAACUGGACCAUUUCUUUGCCCUCCUCUGAAAGAAAUGGCUGAUCUAGUCAACUGGACCCACACCUAUGCAUAAUUAAUUUCUCUGUGGGCUUUUAUGACAUCUCAGCAAGAAUCAAUGGUAGAAUAUACUAACAGCGUGUUCCCUUUAGCAGUGAACUGUACUGUACAUUUACUCUUGCAAUGGGUCUCGCAGCCUAAGACACUGCGCAGGUCCAGCGGAGCUGUGCAAGAUUGCCCAAUUCGUCUGGAGAACUGCACCAAAGACAUUCUCUUUAAUAAGCAGCACUUUGCUGCUUCUUUGUAAUGUGGAACUAGUCAUGGGCCCGCAUUGACUGCAUGUCCUGUCACGUGAAAAACUGCCCAUGUUCGGCAUUGAGGCUCGGAAAAUGUUGUCACACUAUGCAACUUGGCUUGUUGCCAAAGGUCACAAAGUCCUUUUUCAAUAAAAUGUUAUGUU